CAUGUCGUCUUCUUUUUCUGGCUCGCUUGUCUUCUUAUUGCAUCUCCAUCGACUCCAUGCCUGUAAUUGAAUUCUCUUUGUCAACAAGUAGUAGAUGGCGUAAUGGCACUCGUCAUCUAAUGUCCUUAUAGGAGUAGCUCUGUGACCGUGUUCUUAACCAAUACUCACUCCUAGUCACCAAUUCACCUUCAAGCGGCCAUGGAGGACAGCGGCUCCGGUCACCGACAGCUCCACUUCGUCCUGCUCCCAUGGCUCGGGACGAGCCACACGAUACCCAUGAUCGACAUCGGCCGCAUGCUGGCCGAGCGUGGUGUGGCCGUCACCGUCGUCAUGACGCCGGCCAACGCCGCCCGGCUGAGUCCAACCAUCUCCCACAUCGCCGACUCCGGCCUCGCGAUCCGCUUCGUCACCCUUCCCUUCCCCUCUGCUGAGGCAGGAUUACCGGAGGGCUGCGAGAGCUUCGACAGCCUCCCCUCCUUUGACAUGGUGCCCAACCUCUACUACGCUUCCAAGCUACUGCGGCACCCCCUGGAGGUUCUGCUCCGUGAUCUGACGGUUGCCCCGAGCUGCAUCGUGUCCGGCAUGUUCUACUCCUGGACUCCGGCGGUCGCUCGGGAGCUCGGCGUUCCAUGCUUCAUCUUCCAUGGCUUCGGCGCCUUUGCGCUCUUUUGCAUGCACAACCUCUACUGUUACAAGCCUCACGAGAGCGUGUCGUCGCCGACCGAGCCCUUCGCGAUCCCGGACUUGCCGUUUCCGUUCGAGAUCACGAGGCAGCGGCUCCCAAUCCAAUUCCAGUUGCUGCCUCGGUUCAUGGAGAUGUGCGAGGAGGGCAGAGAGGGUGAACUGGCGAUGGACGGCAUCAUCGUCAACAGCUUCGACGAGUUGGAGCCGGGAUACGCUGCACGCUUAGCGGUGGCCUCCGGAAAGGAGGUCCGCCCCAUCGGCCCGGUGUCGCUGUUCUGCAGGGGGAGCUCCGACAUGGCCGCGAGGGGCCAGAAGCCGUCCGUGGAAGCAAGCCGAUGCAUGCAGUGGCUGGAUUCGAUGAAGCCACGGUCUGUGGUGUACGUCAGUUUCGGCAGCCUGGCCAGAUUUGCGCCCGCUCAACUGAUGGAACUCGGCCAUGGGCUGCUCGCUUCAAGACGACCCUUCAUCUGGGUCAUCAAUGGCGCGGAAUCGCUGUCAGAGGAAGUGGAGCAGUGGCUGCAAGAGAAGCUUGAGAUCAAGGAGGUCGACUCAAGGUGUCUCUUGAUCCGUGGCUGGGCGCCGCAGGUGAUGAUCCUGUCGCACCCGGCGGUGGGAGGAUUCAUGACGCACAGCGGGUGGAACUCGACGCUGGAGAGCGCAAGCGCGGGCGUGCCGGUGGCGAGCUGGCCGCUGUUCGCCGACCAGUUCAUCAACCAGAAGCUGAUCGUGGACGUGCUCGGGAUCGGAGUCGCGGUCGGCGUGGACACUUCCGUGGAGCUGAAGCAGGCGCCGGAGGACGGGGCGUCGGUCACGAGGGACGAAGUGGCGGAGGCUAUCGAGAGGUUGAUGGGGGGAGGGGAGGAGGGAGAAGAGAGGAGGAGGAAAGCCAAAGAACUCGCGGAGGAAGCAAGAAAAGCUGUGGCCAAGUGUGGUUCUUCCUACGAUAACUUGACGCUGCUGAUUGAAUCUGUAGCACAGAAAGCGAAGAAGAAUUAAUCCGGAGAUGAAUGCUUUAUUUGAAGGAUUAGAUGAUGAUGAUGAAGAGAGUUCUUCUGUGAUCAAUAUCCAAAUCCUUCUUAGAUCCGACAUCAAAGAAAUGGUUGUCUACAUUCCUUGUUUCAUUCAUGCAUUCAUUUCUCAUGAAUGGGUUGGUCAAACAGAGUCUUACCUAGAACAUUAAUAUUAAUCUUGUGGUGGUGUUAUCAUCAA